UCAAUCAGUUACCCGAAAGUUCCGUGAAGAGAUAAAAGCAAAGAAGCAGCCAGCGCCCCUCAGGAAGUACUUCAAGUGGACUAUAUUUGUGAAGUCACCGAAGCAAUCCAAGUCAGAAGAAAUGGACUCCUCUCCUAGCGACCAAGCCACUUUGUUUGAGAGCCGUUCGGCUUCGUUCACAACAACUUCGGAUCUGGCACGUCGUCUUCGCAGUUUGUUGACUCCGCCACGCACCCGCCGCAGUCCUGACUGUACAUCGUCGAGCGCUAGAAGUUCUCCGACUCACCUCUCCCGUGCUACAAUCGCCACGUCCGCUCCCGCAACACGAAAGACAGUCAUGGGUUGGGAUGUGCCGGCGAAGAAGAGUCUGAAGCAGUGCAGGUCCUGCGAUGAUGUCGGUCGUCUUGAACACAUCUUCGAGCCACGUAUGGCUCCCUACACACCUCCCAACAACGUGUUCAGCAAACCGAACAGCGAAGAUGCUUCACCCAUUGAGCAGCAGCGCCUCGAGAAGCUGGAGUUCACGCUGUUCGAGCCCCGAAACGCGCCAUGUACGCCACCGCUGGUACGGAGAGUAGCAAACAGCGACGGACUAUCGUCGUCUCACUCCGACCUGACUGUACGACCCGCCAGCGUCACGGACGAACCGACACAACAACAGCCGAUUUCCGCUCCUGUAGAGUCUUUGAAGCCCACGGUUGAGCAACUGCAGACUAUCAUGAGUGACCUGCGAGCAAGAGCUGAAGAAUCGUCAGCUAACUGCGCGAAACAAAUCCAAUCCGACACCGACAGCCAGCUUUCACUGCUCACUGUCCGCGAAGUCGAGAAGAUUGCCUCGGUCGGCAGCACACAGAACUUCCAGCGCUCGUUCUCCGGCCGCUCGCAUGCAAACCGAUUCCUGGCACUCGCACCGCGCGCUCGCUCAGUGACCGUAUGCUGAGUGUUCAGCGGCAGAAGGAAAACGAAUUCCGAUAUGCAAGCAAUCCUUGAGAUCUACUCACCAUCAAUUUUGUGUAUAUUUGAGUAUUUAUGCGACCUCUAAGCAGUGUUUAUCUCUACAUCUAUAUCGUUGGCAGUUUCUGCCGUGAUGCAUGCAGUGAUGCAUGCAGUGAUGCAUGUUGUCCUGAGCAGAUGUAAAAACUUUAAUCUCUGCACAUGCCAUAAUUAUGUUCUGACUCGAUUUCUUCGUACAAGAAUUCAAAUUUUAUAAUGAUAGUACACAAUCUGCGGACAGAACUGUUUCGUCCUUUGUGGACUCGUAAUGAUAGUACAUGUAAACUGCGUAGCUUGCACGACUGUGUCAGAACACCAAACAUAAUGUUGGUGUGUAAAAUCAUAGCUCUACCUCAAGUAAGCCUAUCAAGUGACUAAACUUUGAAAUUCUAGUAAAUAUUCAUAUACUAUGACAUUGUCAUGCUCUAUUCAGUUGUUGAUAAACAUGUUCUCAAAAAACUA